AUGGGCCUCGUCGUCGCGCGCUACUCGCACUGCAUGCACGAGACGUGCGCGAGCACGGGCGCCGUCCACGUCAUCUGCCUCUGCCUCGAGGCCGUCCUUUUCGGCCUCUUCACCAUGUGCAUGAUGUGCGACCAGUACAGCGUCAUUACGACCGGCACGACGCAGAUCGACCGGCUUAAAGGCGAGACGAGCGAGAACCUCGGGAUCCGCGAGGUCUUUGGCGGCGUCAACAACAAGAUGGCGCUGCACUGGUUCCUCCCAGUCAACGUUUGGUUCCCCGAGUCGAUCAAGGAGCAGCUGCUCGGGUAUGCGCUUGAGUCGGCGCGGGUGCAGGACGAGGCCGACGAGGCGGCUGCAUUUCUCGACCCGUCCGUGCCCGACGGCGCCGAGACGACAACUGAAAAAGUCAUCCUCGAAGGCGGCUGGUCGGUUGAGAAGCACGUGCCCAAGCAAGAAGACAUCCACGUCGUAUAA